AAACAUGGAGUUGACUCCACGGAAGCACAAAUAGCCCAACAUCGUGCAGAGUUGGCUCGCACAAGGGAGUUUGUUUAUAGUGAUGACUCUCCUUAUUGGACAAAAUGGUACAAGUUGAAGGGCAAAGUUCGCUGGGUGUGGAAUCAGCUCAAAUUAAAAGGUUACUACAUCGUUGCAGCUGAGAUCGAAAGGUCAAGAGAAGUGUUUUGUAAUCGUAUAGAAGAAGAAUCCAAUUGUGAAGGCCUUUCUAGUGCCCGGAAUGCGGCCGUGGAAGCGUUGAAUAAAUGGGAACAGGAAGAUGAUCGUACUGACUGGAAUGAGGCCAAACCAAAGUACGAUGCUGAACUAGCCAAGUGGAAUGAGUUCAAACCCAAGGGAGAAGAAUACGCAGAAGUGCUGGAGGAAAAAAUAUGUAAAUGUGUGCGAACCUCUUUAACAGUGCACGCUACUGCACAGGAUUAUGAGAUUAGUACGUUGAAGAACGAAUUGAGCCAAAAGGGUCGAGAGGCUCAGCAAAUUGGCGAGUUGCAUGGGAGAACAAAUGAACUAGAUGCGACAGUUGAAGAAAUGCGCACAUGGAUCCAGUCGCUAAUCCACAUGAAUCAAUCAUUGAUCAAUGGGCAAUGUAAACAGCUUGAAGAAUUCGAGGCUUCCGCACGUACCACACUAGAACAAGAGUGGCAAAUUUGGUUGGAAAGAACGACGUCAACGCACACAAAUUUGGUAAAUUGGAUCCAGGAAAGAAUUGCUGAAAUGGCAGCAUUGGAAAAAGAGGAAGCUGCCGCUCGUAAUGACUAUAAGCAUGAAUUUUAUGAUUCGAUCAAAGAAAUUGACAAUCGACGCCUUGCGCUUAAGGAAAUGUUGAGUGGGUCGAUAUUUGAUUAG